GAACACUUGGACCAAGACCUGAAAGGGGACUGAAACUAUUUAGGACUGACCGCCAUUCAGUGGAUCACUGCUUAAGUUUAUAUUUAUAUUUUUGUGUAACAUGGAAUCUUUUCUGGGCCUGCUCAUAUUGACAACAUCCUUUAUCUCACAGGUGACGGGUAGCUGUCCGGCUGUGUGCGAGUGCCCUGCGGGACCCCCGAUAUGCCCACCCGGGGUUAGCGCUGUACCAGACGGAUGUGGCUGCUGUAAAGUGUGCGCUGCACAGCUUAACCAGGACUGCGGCCCCAUAAAACCUUGUGACCAUCACAAAGGGCUGGAGUGCAAUUACGGCAACGAUGUGACCGUGGCCUGGGGUGUCUGUCGAGCCAAAUCCGAAGGACGCACAUGCGAGUACAGCGGCAGGAUCUACCAGAACGGCGAGAGCUUCCAUGUGGGAUGCAAGCACCAGUGUACCUGUAUAGACGGCGCUGUGGGAUGUGCGCCACUCUGCGAUGACAGGCUGCCUCCGGCCUCUCCGUCCUGCCCCUUCCCAAAGUUGGUCAGGAUACCCGAUCAGUGCUGCGUCACUGUGGACUGCCACAAAGGCCCUUGGGGCCUUCCUCCUAAACAUCACAAAAAGAUGUCCUUUCCAAAGAGACACCAAUCCAAACCGGAGCGUCAUCCUCCCCUGCGACCUCGUGAAAACGAUCCGCUCGUGGAGAACGACGUCACGCCUCUCAGAACUAAUGGCUGGGAAGGUGAACGAGGAUACAAUCACUUGCCUGUGUGGGGCCCCCUGAAGAAGUGUCCCAUCCUCAGCACCGACUGGUCCCAUUGCUCGCGCAGCUGCGGUAUGGGCGUCUCCUCCCGCCUCUCCAACAAGAACCCUCGAUGCAAGCUGGAGAGGGAAACCAGACUCUGUACGGUACGGCCGUGCAGCACUGGGACUUUUCCAAGCAAGGCGCAGAGAGGAAAAAGAUGCUCCACCACCCAAAAAGCGGCAUCGCCCCAGCGCCUGUCCUUCGGGGAGUGUGUGAGCGUGCGUCUCUACCGCCCCAACUUCUGCGGCGUGUGUCCGGACGGACGCUGCUGCUCACCGCGCCGCACGCGCACCGUGCCCGUGACCUUCGCCUGCCCGGACGGCCAGCGCUUUCAGAGGUCAACCAUGUUCAUUCAGUCGUGCAAAUGCAGCGAGGAAGCGUGCGGCCACCUGAACGACGUGGCGCUGCCGCCACAGCACUGGAUGUAUGGAGACACGCACAAGUUCAUAGAUUAAGGUUGUUAUUGCGAUGGAUGGACGGCGGAAGAAAACGACGAGCCAUUUUUUUUCUCUUUUUUUUUUCCUCACCUGGCUCCGAGUGAGUAAAAACUGCGUACACACAGCUGCCCACCAGCAGGGCGCCCCCUAGUUGUACUGCGUCCUUGUCAGACGUGGGAGCCAGAUUCAAAAACACUUCAGGAGCGCUUGUUCUGACGCUAGUAUUUUGGGAGCUUGCAGGCAGCAACAUGACAUUUUGACACGGUGACCACAAGUCCAAGUCGCUCGACGCCAUAUCCCAUGAUGCAUUGGUCCCAAUUGACAACCAGCAAAAGAACUCUUGAGGCUUUUGCAGGGAAUAAUGACUAUGACGCGGCAGUUUUGAAACACAGACUGCACUAGUUUCAGUUUCCCCCCCCGCUAGUGGGGGAAGGUGUGACGCAUUUCUGCUCGGAAGUGAAAAAACAUGGACUGCGAAUUAAAUCGGUUGUGUCGCAACUUGCCCAAAGUUACACUUUUCAAAAUAAAAAAAGGACGCCACCGACGAGUUUAAAGUGCACCCGGAAAGUAUUCACAUGGCUUCACUUUUUCCAUGUUUUGUUAUGCUAGAGCAGGGGUCACCAACGCGGUGCCCGCGGGCACCAGGUCGCCCGUAAGGACCAGAUGAGUAGCCCGCUGGCCUGUUCUAAAAAUAGCUCAAAUAGCAGCACUUACCAGUGAGCUGCCUCUAUUUUUCAAAUUGUAUUUAUUUACUAGCAAGCUGGUCUCGCUUUGCUCGACAUUUUUAAUUCUCAGAGAGACAAAACUCAAAUUAAAUUUGAAAAUCCAAGAAAAUAUUUUAAAGACUUGGUCUUCACUUGUUAAAAUAAAUUCAGUUAUUUUUUUACUUUGCUUCUUAUAACUUUCAGAGAGACAAUUUUAGAGGAAAAAAAUACAACCUUAAAAAUGAUUUUAGGAUUUUUAAACACAUAUACUUUUUUUACCUUUUAAAUUCCUUCCUCUUCUUUCCUGACAAUUUAAAUCAAUGUUCAAGUAUUUUUUUUUAUUAUAAAGAAUAAUAAAUAUAUUUUAAUUUAAUUCUUCAUUUUAGCUUCUGUUUUUUCGACGAAAAAUCUUUGUGAAAUAUUUCUUCAAACUUAAUAUGAUUAAAAUUCAAAAAAAAUAUUUUGGCAAAUCUAUAAAAUCUUUAGAAUCAAGUUUAAAUCUUAUUUGAAAGUAUUUUGAAUUUCUUAUGAAUUUUUUGUUCUGGAAAAUCUAGAAGAAAUAAUGAUUUGUCUUUGUUAGAAAUAUAGCUUGGUCCAAUUUGUUAUAUAUUCUAACAAAGUGCAGAUUGGAUUUUAACCUAUUUAAAACAUGUCACCAAAUUCUAAAAUUUAUUCUAAUCAGGAAAAAAAUAAUGAUGUUCCAAAAAUUCAUUUAAAAUUUUUUUCUAAAAGAUUCGAAUUAGCUAGUUUUUCUCUUUUUUUCCGGUUGAGUUUUGAAUUUAAAGAGUCGAAAUUGAAGAUAAACUAUGUUUCAAAAUUAAAUGUUCAUUUUUUUUCCUGUUUUUUCAUCACUUAUUCUUGCAAAAAACCUUCAGUAAAAGGAAAAAAAAAAGGACGACGGAAUGACAGAAAUACCCAUUUUUUUAUAUACAUAUAUAGAUUUAUUUAUUAAAGGUAAAUUGAGCAAAUUGGCUUUUUCUGGCAAUUUAUUUAAGUGUGUAUCAAACUGGUAGCCCUUCACAUUAAUCAGUACCCAAGAAGUAGCUCUUGGUUUCAAUAAGGUUGGUGACCCCUGUGUUACAGCUUUAUUCCAAAAUGGAAUCAAUUCGUAUUGGUCCUCAAAAUUCUACACACAGUACCCCACAAUAACUGUCUUUUUUUUUAUUUUGCAAAUGUAUUAAAAAUCAAAAAUGGAUUAUAUGUACGGCUUCACGGUGGAAGAGGGGUUAGUGCAUCUGCCUCACAAUACGAAGGUCUUGAGUAGUCCUGUGUUCAAUCCCGGGCUCGGGAUCUUUCUGUGUGGAGUUUGCAUGUUCUCCCCGUGAAUGCGUGGGUUCCCUCCGGGUACUCCAGCUUCCUCCCACUUCCAAAGACAUGCACCUGGGGAUAGGUUGAUUGGCAACACUAAAUUGGCCCUAGUGUGUGAAUGUGAGUCUGAAUGUUGUCUGUCUAUCUGUGUUGGCCCUGUGAUGAGGUGGCGACUUGUCCAGGGUGUACACCGCCUUCCGCUCGAUUGUAGCUGAGAUAGGCACCAGCGCCCCCCGCAACCCCAAAGGGAAUAAGCGGUAGAAAUUGGAUGGAGAUGGAUUAUAAGUAUUCACAGCUUUUGCUCAAUACUUUGUGCACUUGUUUGAAGCAAUUACAGUCUCAAGUAAUAUUGAAUAGGAUGCUGGAGAUGUUCAGGGACAACCUGGAUGACAACCGACACUUUCUAUCCAACCUGAUAAAGCUUGAAAGGCGCUGCAAAGAGGAAUGGGCAAAACUGCCCAAAGAUAGGCGUGCCAAGCUUGUGGCAUCGUAUUGAAAAAUACUUGAGGCUGUAAUUGCUGCCAAAGUAAUGAUAAAAGACUGUGAAUACUUGUGAUUUUUUUUAGUUUUUGUUAAACUUGCAUUUAAAAAAAAAAAAAAGCUUUUCUCAUUGUGGGGUAUUGUGUGUAGAAUAUUUAGGACAAAACUGAAUUUAUUCCAUUUUGGCAUCAACGAAAUAUGUAAAAAGUGAAGCGUUGUGAAUACUUUGUGGAUGCACUGUAUAUUACCAUUAAACAUAACGUUGUUUUACAUUUUAUUUUUAAUCAGGGGUAAACAACAUACUCAUACGGACAUUAUUUCAAGCUCACUCGGGGUGCCACGAUCUGAUAUUGAUAUUUUGACAUCGGCCCGAUAUCAGCAGAAAUAAGUAUGGAUUUGCAUCCAAACUGUAGUUUCUUCUAUUUUAUGCAAGUAAACAUGGUAGACUAGAGAUCAGUUCUCAAAACUUUUUUCAACCAAGCACCACCUCACAAAAAACUUGCCAUACUGACCAAUGUUAAAAUACAGUAGCGUAAUAGGCUUAAGUCAUCAUCUAAACCAGGGGUCUCAAACAUGCGGGCCACAAUUGUUUUUUUUGCGGCCCGCACCUUAAUGUGAAAAUUUAAUGUUGGUCCGGCCCGCGAGUUUUAUGUUAAUGGCGCUAGACAGCGUCAUACUUUUAUAUCCUCGAUUUUUUCCGGGAGACUCCCAGUUUUCAGUGCCCCUCCAGGGGCCAACAUUCUCCCGAAUUUCAGCCCAACAACAAUAUUAAGGGGGCACUGUGGAGGCACUGCCUUUAGUCUCCUUUACAACCUGUACACAUAGCGGGACGAUUCAGCCACAGGAUGUAUUUGGCUUCUGUAGACGCAGUAAGCGACUGCAAGACAUACUUGAUCAACAAGCAUACAGGUCACACUGAGGGUGGCCGUAUAAACAACUUUAACACUGUUACAAAUAUGCGCCACACUGUGAACCCACACCAAACAAGAAUGACUAACACAUUUUGGGAGAACAUCCGCACUGUGAUAGAGUAGGUUACUCUGGAUAUGAAAUGCUCGUCUGAUAUAUUUUUAGGACAAGGACUCCGGUCAGCGAGUAGGCCACAGAGAGGCUUUCAGGCACUCUUUAAUGGUGAAGUUGAACAAGUGGGAUUUAGGUUUGGGUAGGUAUGUGCGUGUGUGUGUGUGGUCUGAAGGGAACAUAUACAAAGAAUGAUUAGGAUACAUUGAUGCAAUACAACAUGCAAUAAUAUAACAGGAUAUGUAUAGUAUUAUAUCUAAUAUACUCUACAAUGUCUUAUAAAACAAAUAUACAAAUAAAUGUACGUGGACUAUUAAACCAGUCCAAUAGAGAUAAAUGGGGAAUAAGCACUAUUGAUUAAAACAGUGCUUGAAACGUGGUCUGUGUCGCCAUCUAGUGGUAGGGUAGGGUAACUACUGUGUAACAAGAAAUAUUAACGGGGCGAAAAUUGUGCUGGCUAAUUAUAUCGUCAAACAGAAAUAUUGUUGCAAACAAACACUCGGUCAAGGCUACAUCUCACACACUACAGGCAUUGUAGCAUUAAUAACCGUGCUGUAUUCGACGUAUACUUACAUUUUAGUCAGGAAUGCACACAAUGCUGUUUACACGAUCACCCAAGAGCCCAUACUACGUAGAAACGCUACAAACAGGAAAUGACGUCUCAGAAUAGAUCGCCAAAUUAAGAGCACAGGAAAUCUAACAUCUCAAAACUGCGUCAGAAUAAGAUAAGACUAAAACACUUUCUGACACGCACCGUAACAGAACAUAAACACAACGGAUCAAAUACCCAGAAUCCCGUGUAGCCCUAACUCUUCCGGGACGCUACAAUAUACACCCCCGCCACCUAUUGUAGCCCGGAAAAGUUAGGGCUGCAUUGGAUUCUGGGUAUUUUUUCUGUUGUGUUUAUGUUGUUACGGUGCGGAUGUUCUCCCAAAAUGUGUUUGUCAAUCUUGUUUGGUGUGGGUUCACAGUGUGGCGCAUAUUUGUAACAGUGUCAAAAGUUGUUUAUACGACCACUCUGUGUGACCUGUAUGGCUGUUGACCAAGUAUGCCUUGCAGUCACUUCCGUGGGUCUUCCGAAGCCUCAUACAAUACGUGACUGGGGCGGCAUACUGUUUGUAUGAUGGAAAAGCGGACGAGACGGCAGGUUGUGGAGGAGGUUAAAGGCAGGACCAUCACGGCACGCCCUUAUUAUUGUCCAGGCGAAAACCGGGAGAAUGAUUGCCCCGGGAGAUUGUCGGGAGGGGCACUGAUAUUCGGGUGUUUCCCGGAAAGAUCCCGAGAGUUGACAAGUAUGUUGCUAGGGCGGGAAAGCCAUUCAAAGAAGUGAAUUCAUUAAAAAGUGCAUGUUUGACUUUUUUUUUAUUUUUUCUCGCGGCCCAGCCUCACCCAGUUUCUGCAUCCAGUGGCCCCCGGGUAAAUUGAGUUUGAGUCCCCUGAUCUAAACAGAAGGGGUGUGUGUGUGUGUGUGUGUGUGUGUGUGUGUGUGUGUGCGUGUGUGUGUGCGUACGCGCAAAAAUAGCCAUCGAAGAUGUGGCCAUCUUGAUUUCCGACCUCGUAACAGGAACCCUCAUAGCUCGGCUUUGACGUCAUUCCCAGCAUCCACUUUCCAACCACUCAGGUAAACGGAACGCAGCAAAAGUCUCCAAAUAGAAGCGUGUUCUAAAAAUAUCCAGUAACAACCGCGUCCACAUCAUUCAACUGAGCCUAAUGUCCUGAAUCUUUGUGACCACCAGGUGUCGCCCAAACACAAAUGACCACGCCACUUUAAUUUAAACACCAUUCCAUACGGUUAAUAGUAAAGUAGGUUUGUGUUCUCCAGACAUACCGUUGUUCUGUUUGACUCAUUUCAUGUGAUCCAACCUUUUCUAACAUUCCACAUAACAAAAUAAAAGUAUGCUGAUAUCGUAUCAGUAUCAGCUGAUACUCAAGGCUCCGAUACCGGUAUCGUAAGUGAAAAAGUUGUAUCUCAAGCUCACACAAUAAUUAUCUAUGUGUACAUGGACACAUUUAAUCGAAUUAAAAACCUAACCGGAAUAAAAAUGCUUCAGGUAAACACGCCAAUAGGAAUAUUCUGACCCGAUCACGCACGUUCGGAUUCAAAUGUUAUUCCGAUUGAGAUGGGCGUUUUAUGUUGGUAGUCUUUCGGGUAGAAAUGAUCCUUACUGUGCAUGUGUGUGACGUCAGUUGUACUUUGGUGGUGGAGGGGGACUAAAUUAAAGGCCUACUGAAAUGAGAUGUUCUUAUUUAAACGGGGAUAGCAGGUCCAUUCUAUGUGUCAUACUUGAUCAUUUCGUGAUAUUGCCAUAUUUUUGCUGAAAGGAUUUAGUAGAAAACAUCGAUGAUAAAGUUCGCAACUUUUGGUCGCUAAUAGAAAAGACUUGCCUAUACCGGAAGUAGCAGACGAUGCACGCUUGACGUCACGGGUUGUGGAGCUCACAUUGUUUACAAUCAUGGCCACCAGCAGCGAGAGCGAUUCGGACCGAGAAAGCGACUAUUCCCCCAUUAAUUUGAGCGAGGAUGAAAGACUCGUGGAUGAGGAAAGUGAGAGUGAAGGACUAGAAAAAAAACAAAAAACUAGACUGCAGAGCGAUUCAAAUGUUAUUAGACAAAUUUACUAGGAUAAGUCUGGAAAUUCCCUUAUCUACCUAUUGUGUUACUAGUGUUUUAGUGAGAUUAUAUAGUCAUACCUGAAAGUCAGAGGGGUGUGGCCACGGGUGUGGUGACUGCUAGUGUCUCCGAGGGAAGCCACGUUUCUCAACGAGGUGAACGCAGCCAGUGGGGCCGGGCUGAGAUAUAAAAAAAUGUUUCCCUCCUCCACGGUGGAAGCAUCCGACGGUUCGGGGCAGCCGGUGGGGGGAGGCAAGAGAGUCCGCAGCUGCCUCUUUGACAGGAGCAGGACGAACGACGCAAGCUCUCCGCUAAUGUUUACGGUAAGAGCCGACUUAUUGCCGCCAUUUUCUCACCGAAACCUGCCGGUUGACAUGUGGUAGGGAACCAUGUUCCCUUGACCGCUCUGUUCCAUAGUAAAGCUUCACCGUCAUCUUUCGGGAAUGGAAACAAGGAAACACUAGCUGUGUGUGUGUUGAUAAAGGCGGCCGCAAUACGCCGCUUCCCACCUACAUCUUUCUUCUUUGACGUCUCCAUUAUUAAUUGAACAAUUUGCAAAAGAUUCAGCAACACAGAUGUCCACAACACUGUGGAAUUAUGCAAUGAAAAGAGACAACUUAUAGCUGUGAACAGUGCUGGACCAAAAUGUCCUCUAAAAUGCGUGACAUCACACGCACGCGUCAUCAUACUGCGACGUUUUAGCAUGAUACUUCCGCGCAAAAUUUAAAAUUGCAAUUCAGUAAACUAAACCGUCUGUGUUGGCAUGUGUUGCAAUUUUAAUAUUUCAUCAUUGAUAUAUAAACUAUCAGACUGCUUGGUCAGUAGUAGUGGGUUUCAGUAGGCCUUUAAAUAGCAAUUGUCUUGCUGCUGUCUCGCCCCAUUCAACAUGUACAGAAGUAGCUUUAUGUCCUCUUAAGUUUGUUGCUCUAAAAACGAGAACUGCGAAAACAAAAGUAGUGAGCAGAAGGAAAACAUAUCAUGACUGCGUCGGACAAGCAGAAAUGCAAAAAGCCAUGUUUGUUCACAACGUAAAUUCUGAGAACCUGUAGUGGGUCAAUUUGCCCACAAGAGGGCACCAUAGCGCAUGCAGGGCUGUGCGCAUGUCAGAGAAAAGUAACCGGAUUAAUGAGCAUUCACGUCAUAAUAAUAUGUCGAGGUUCAUUGGUUAUCUAUUAUUGUCAUUAGCACUGAUUAAAAGAACUGUAUUGAGAUUUAGAUUUUUUUUCCUAUUUUGGCACCUUUUUGCUUUGGCCGUUGGAUGCAAAAAGUUUGUCCCCCCCUGUUUUGAAGUGUCCAAAUUGUACGUGUACUAACAAUGUUAUUAUUUCGCAAACAGCGAUGUUAAUGGGCAUGCUACGUACGUAGGAUUACGUCAUUACAUGCUUUAAAGACGGAAGUGGGCGGGACAUAGUGCUUGAAACACAUUAGCGCCCUCUAGGCAUCUGUGUAAGUGUCGCAAACGACCCACUUAAAUUGAGGUACACUUUGAAUAAAUUAACUUUUUAUGGAAUUCCA